CCCACUCAAAAAAACCCCCACCGACCCACCCCUCACCCCCCAGAAAAAGAGAAAAACCUCUUUUGUCUUUCUCUUUCUUGUGUGUCCCUUUUAAUCAGACAAAUUCUUUUUACUCACAGCCCCCUUCCCCUUCUUCACUAUUUCUUCUCUCAAAAAUCCACAAAGGGUUUAAGCAGCUUCUUCUUCUAGGGUUUUCCUCUAAACACAUUUUAACAACUUGGGUCUCCAUUUUCUUGAGCAAAAAUGCAGCAGCAGCAGCAGCAACCACAGGCACAGCCCCCAGUCUUGAACUCUGCUCCUGCCUUGCCUCUAAGUGCCAUCACUACUGAGCAGAUUCAAAAGUUCUUAGAUGAGAACAAAAAUUUGAUUCUUGCCAUACUGGAAAACCAGAAUCUUGGAAAGCUCUCAGAAUGUGCCCAGUAUCAAGCGAUGCUUCAGAAGAAUUUGAUGUAUUUAGCUGCUAUUGCUGAUGCCCAACCACAACAAGCAGCAGCAACCUCACAGGCUCCUUCUACUCCCCAACUCGGAAAUCAGAUGCAGCAAACUCAGGCUGCUCUGCAACAGCAACAAAGUGUCGCUGCUUCUAAACUGCCUUUCCAACUCAAUGCCCUUCCGUCCCAGGAGCAGCAGCAGCAGCAGCAAAUGCUCCAGUUUCAGCAGCAACAACAACAAUUCCAAGGCCAAUAUGGCUAUGGAGGACCUACUGCCAACAAUGCAAUGCGUCAACUUAUGCAACCUGGACUAAACAGCUCAGGAACUCUGGAUGUACGAGGAAAUAAGCAAGGCGGCUUAGAAGGUAAUCCUAGUGAUGGCCUUGGAAAAUCAGCUGGAAGACAUGCUAAUGGUGAGAGGGAGUAGGCUUUUAACUUUUAACUUUUUUUCGCCUCAAAAUUACUAUGCACCCUAUUUUAUCUGUGUAGGUAUGUUUGAUAAGGAUGUUUUAAACUGAGGAAGACCUAAAAUUAUGUCAUCAAAGGGAAUUAUGGCAAAACAUUGUUAUAGUUUUUAAAAUCUUGAUCUGUUGGCAUCAA